CUGCGUAACAAUCAACGGUCACGUGACGUAGUAACCCAUUCGAGGAAGAGAAUAAAAAUUUCUCACAAUGCCAGAAAAACCAGGAAAACGAGAAAGUAAGAACGAAGCCAAAGGCGAGCCAAAGUUUCUAACUGGCAAGAUGUACGAUGUUCUGCCGGAGAUUCCAGGGGAUCGGAAGUCGAGACCAAUAAAGGCGGCUAAAAGGCCAUCACUCGGAAAAAUGUAUGAUAUUCUACCAAGCAUUGGUCCAAACGUGUUCUCAUACGAAGAUUUCCAAAAAAUGUAUGAAGAUUCUGACAAGUCGGAGGAUGCUCCAAUGAGGAAAUCCUUACACGCACCAUCCAGUGAUGCAGUACUUAAUCACGUGACAAAUGGUCAGGAACUGUCUGAAGCUUCCAAUAAAAGGUCAUCAUCUCCAUUCAGGGAUGUGAAGAAGCGUCGCAUGCCUAAAAGGGCCCGACUCCCAGAUACAUAAACUUUGUUUUUUAAUCUCUCGUGUGAGGGUUCAACAAAACACAUAUGCUUAUUUUAAAAUUAAUUAAUGUAACAAUAACGUUUGAAGUCUGUCUCUUUCAAAA